AUGGAUCCUCGGAAUUGGAUAUCACCUCUUUGGAUCUCUUCAAUUACCCCUGCGUCUGCAGCAUUUCAGUCUUUACCUUCGUUACUUGGAUCUGAAAUGAGUGACCAUCCUGGCGUCCAGUUUAUGGGCGCCAGAACUAAGGCUUCCUACUACUUUCAGCGAACACAUCGUGUUAUGGCUGCAGAAAAUGAUAGAAGUGGGGAUGAGGCCUGGCAGCACCAUUUCCAUCCCCAUCCCACCGAAAACCCUCGGCCUCCUCCUACCCGAUUGCCACCCAGAAGACAUCGAGAUGGAUACGAUUAUCGACGACCGGCAGCACUUUCGCCCGCGGACAAUGUCGUGAUCGACCUAACAGAGGAUCCCGAAUCUCCCCCACAAGAAAAUACGCAAUCAUUUCCCGGGCCUCUACACAUCCCACAUCCGCAUCGUCCAACAUUGCGGUUUCCGCGAGAUUUGAUGAAUCGCACGUCCCCUGUGGCGGAACAACCCCAUGUGAUUGAUCUGGAAGCUGAGACACCCAGUGAUUCGGUAGAUAUAUCAUCUACCAGUGGAGAUGUUCUGUACAUUGGGACUUCUACCGUCAGACGGCCACCACCCGUGCCAAGGUUUCUAGACAACAAUGGCAUGCCGAUGCAUUAUCGUCGCCACACUCAACGCCCGAGGGUGUUUGACCAUGGUCCAUCGAGAAGGGUGUUGAGACCUGUAUUUCCUACCGAAGAUGAUUUUAUUUCGAUUGUCUCCUCUCUACCAGGGACGCUCAAUUAUGGCGUUCCUGCCUUUCCCUAUAACCCUCCCAGUCAGUCGGCGCCCCGGGGACGGCGAAGCUCGUAUAGAGCACCAAGCCCCCCUGGGGAUGGGUUCUCUCGGCAUUUGACAGCGAAUGACGUGGGUUUCUGUCCGAAUUGCCAGGAAGAACUUGGCGCUGGAGAGGGACUGAAGCAACAGAUUUAUAUUGCAAAACCAUGUGGCCAUGUGAGUAUUGUGCAUCCCUGGAUGAAUAUAUCAAUUAUUGAAACUGACAAUUGUCCUAGGCCUAUUGUGGUGAAUGUGCUGGGAACCGAGCCAUUUCAAAGUCCAAAAAGGCAGCGUCCAAGACCAAGCCAUUCUCGAAGUGCCAGGUUACAGGUUGUAAUAAAUCUCUCAUCCCCCCGACCUCCAUGUACCACCUUUUUUUAUGAGAUUUAUCAUGGGCAUUGUUUUCACGGGCAACUCAUUUGCAUUCUGGUGUUAUGGCCAUUCCCUUUCUCAUUCCGUUGA